AUGCAAGACCGAGAACGAACCAAGAAGGAUCGUGAUUUGAAACGACAAACGGUCGUCCAAUUGAGGCAAGAGAACAUGAAGCGAAUGAAAGAAGGAAAUGCACCAGUCUUCAAAACUCGCGCUGAUGUGCGCCGGCUACAAGAUGAACGCAAGCGAGAAGAGCGAAUUCGUUUGAAGCGUCACAUUCCCCAACUACCGGGAAUCGUUGAAGACAUUGAAGAGGACAAGUCAACUAAACGAGAAGCUCAGUCACAUUCAAUAUGUAUGAAAAUAUUCAAAAUCAACAAGAAUCUCCGAGAUCCGGAAAAUCGGUGGAUUCUGGGAAUGGCUGAGAACCCCAGUCGGGGACUUGGUGUCCAACGUUGGAAAUGUGCAGCGACACCAAAGAAGAGCAUUCUAAAGGCAAAACAACAGGCAUCUCUGGACAAUAAAGAUGGAAGGGCUCAUUUUGAUGAAAUGAAUAUUAUCGCAACUCAUCAUCCAGCCGACAAGGAUUAUGGACACAUGAAGAUCGACAGCCAAACCACUUACCAUUUUUCGGACGGCGAAGGAGAGCAAAGCGGAGAUGAGGCAGCCAGGGUACGCACAGAACACAAAGAAGGGUUAGCCUGGGGCACGGCCGUUGAUCUCUCUCCUGCCACUGUUCUUGCUGGUUUUGACGAAAGAAAGAGGGUACCUGAAGCUGAUCAGAGUGACGAAGAGCCUUUAGACGAGAGAGGAAAUCAGUAUGGAAACUAC